UGCUCGAGAUAGACUCACCUUUUGUUAUAUACAUAUUAAUUCAGGAAGUGAUUCUAAGCUUGUCUGUCUGUCUACAUGUUUCGAAUUUUGAGUACAAUAUGGUUUGACCCAGAGGAAACGCUAUUGGCAAUGGUUCGGGUGGGACUCUUUUUAUUAAUCACUUUCAAUAUAACGGCUCACUUUGAAAUGUCGUUGUAUGAAUAACCGUGUUAAGGGAAGUUAUGUGGGAAAUUUAAUGGUUGUCUGUGGCCCACCACGACAUUUUUAUUUGUUUGUUCAAUAAAUUUAAAUAGUUUCUACACAUGUUCCCACCAUACAGUUUUCCGUAAUGAUUUGCGGAAAAACGCUAAGUGUAUAUGACAACUUUUGGAGGAAUUAAAAGAAGAAGAAAACGAAAAAGACUCUUCCCAUAAGUUAUUUUAAUAUUAGUAACCUUAUUUAAUAAUCAUACAGCUUCAAUGUGAGUUAUUGCUGAAAGCUUAAUCGAAAUCCAAACGUGUCAUCGGUAUUGAUUACAAAAGAAAAAUUAAGUCUGAGACAGCCUUGCGAUCCUAACUGUCCCAGUUUAUUAGUGGUAACAAGCUAAAUUUGAUAGUUUGAUUCAGUAUUUUAUAAUAGUAAUUAAGCUGAAGAGAUGCAGGAGGCAGAGGAAGUUUAUUUUGAAAAAAUUUUGUUAUUUCGGAUAUUCAUGAAAGUGACCGGGCAUUCAUUCAUGAAAAGUUUGAUAACAUUGUGAUUACAUCAUUUAAGGAGCAGUGAUCUAAUUGAAUUGGCAGAAACAGAUCGAGUGAUUUAAAGGUUUGGUUUUUGGAACAGUAUAGAAAGGAGGAAGAGAAAAGACCUCUGGUCUAUGAAAUUAGCUUGACUUUGUCGAGUCGCGUUUUAUAUAGAUCGAAAAUCAGGUCAGCAACCCAAAAAUUGCCUACAGAAAAACGAAUAAUAACUUGGCCGUUAAACAGAUUAUCAGUGUGACAUAAAGUUAGAGCACAUGAUAUUGUUUUGACUAUAACUUGGAAGAGACAUUCAAAAGGCCUUUCGUUUUAACUGAAAAUUGUUCUAAUAUUUUUAUUCCGUCUUUACUUAUAUUCUCCUUGAGGUAAUAAAAUAUUGAAACCGUUUCGUAUUACCGCGUACAAUAUUUGAAAGCGUCUUAAAGCCAUUAAUUAUACCAUGUGAUUUUAAGUGAGCUUCGAGCUUUUAUGCGAAUGAUUAUUAUUGACGUGAGCAGCGCAUGCCUACUUUUCGACAAUCAAAGGAUAAUAGAAGCAAUCUAUUGAAAACAUGAAUAAUAUUAAAUAACAUAAACAAAAUCUUCAAAAUAUGUGGUUAAGAUUUCUAACGAGUUUAUUUUUAGCCUAUGGGUUAUACCAUUGGUAUCAAAAAGAUAACCAAGAAGAGACUGCAAGUCGUCAAUAUAAUAGAGAGAGACUCAUACCACCAAAUGUGGAAAUACCUCAACCACCAUCCCGAUCUACUUUACAUAUUUAUCAGAAGGCGGCCGUAUGCUCUGAUCAAAGUGCUUGCAGUAAUAUAGGAAGUGUCCUUAUGCAACAAGGCGGUAAUGCCAUCGAUGCAGCCAUUGGUUCCUUACUAUGUAAUGGUCUGUUAACUAUGCAAAGCAUGGGCUUAGGAGGCGGUAUACUAAUAACAUUUUAUUCAUAUGAAAAACGUAAGGCCGUCAGCAUAAUCGGAAGAGAACGAGCUUCUAUGAAUGUUAAGCUAAAUGAUAUAACUAAAUUGGAGAAUGCUUCAAUGUUGGCUCGUUCACCACUAGCUAUAGGGGUCCCCGGUGAAGUGGCCGCUUACCAUGAGGCCCAUAGCCGUUACGGAACCUUAGCUUGGUAUUAUAUUGUGAAACCUUGUCUAGAUCUAUGCCAUGUGGGUUAUUAUCUCACACAUCAUCAGCACGAUGCCUUAUUUCUAAACGAACAAAUGAUACGACAAGAUAAAUUAUUAAGUCGAAUGUUUGUAGAUCCUUCCAAUAAUAAUUUUUAUCGAAUUGGUCAGCACAUUAAAAUACCAAAAGUAUUAUGCAAUACUUUGAAAAUUCUAGCCGAAGAAGGACCGAGUAGUUUUUAUAAUGGGACAUUAUCUUAUCGCAUUACAGAAGAUUUAGAAGCCAUGGGUUCACCAAUAACAAAAGCCGAUCUUCAAUCUUAUAAAGCUAAAGUUCGAGAUGCUAUAACUGUGGACUUGGAUAAUGUAACAAUACAUUUGCCGCCAUCUCCCGGCAGUGGGCAUGUUAUGGCUUUUAUAAUGAAUAUUUUAGGAAAUUUUAAAGAUGAAUUUAGCCGUUCUUCUGAACUAAGAUCUUUGGACAUGCAUCGUCUAAUAGAAGCUUUUAAAUUUGGAUUUGUUAAACGUUGGGAAUAUGAUGUGGAAAUGGAUGAAAUGGUACUCUACAAUCUGACAUCAGCUCAUUAUGCGAAAUCAUUUGCUGAGCGUAUAAACGAUUUGCAAACUUUUGAUGAUAUUAAAUUUUACGGAGCUAACGUGGAUCUUAUGGCUAAGACUGAUUAUGGUACGGCCCAAUUAAGUCUAUUAGGUCCCAAUGGCGAUGCUGUCUCUGCGACGAGCUCUUUAAAUUUCUAUUUUGGAAGUGGCCGCAUGGGUUCUCGUACAGGCAUACUUUAUAAUAAUGCUAUGUCCGAUUUUAGUGUAGAUAAAUUCGAAAACUAUUUUGACUUACCAAAUGUUCCCGAAUGUAAUCGAAUUAAACCGGGCACCCAGCCGACAUCCUCGAUGACACCAUUAAUAGUUACCGAUCGUCACACUGGCGAUGUACGUUUGGUGCUUGGCGCAGCUGGCGGUACUCGCAUAAUAUCCACAUUAAUAGAAAUACUUGUACGUAUAUUAUGGUUAAAUCAAACUAUUAAACAAGCCAUAGAUGCGCCUCGUUUCCACCAUCAAUUAUUGCCUAACGUUGUACAGUAUGAAUACGGUAUGUUGCAUCAGGACAUCGACUUCUUAGAAUCCACAGGUCAUAAAACAGAACGUAUACGACGCACAAAUACCGCAGCAUGUGGCAUAGAACGAGUUAAGGGAUUUGUGUUAGCCAAUGCUGAUUACCGUAAGGAAGGUGGAGUAGAUGGAUUUUAAACUAAUUCCUAACGGGGCCGAUAAACAAUAUAUGAAAUAAGUUAUUAGAUAUUCAAAUAAAUUUCUUGUAUGUUUUCUUUCCGCUUCUCUCUUUGAAAGAAUUUAUAUUAAAAGGUAAGAUUCGAUAUCAUCACGGCAUCAUGUUAUUUUCCCAAUGUUUCGUUCACUUUCACCCAUCAAAACUGCACUGUGAAAAAGCUAGUAAAGACCCAUUAAGUAUCAAAUCCAGUUAACCCAUCCGGACCAACGUGUAGAGAAUAAAAACAAAAUAAAAAGGGAUUGCGAGAGAGGUUUUAUAGGUGCAAUA